UUGGUAACCCUGGACUCUGGACUGGUAGAAUUGUUGACAACUUUUGACAGUUGGUUAUUUGUAGUCUAGCUGCUUCACGUCUCAAACUUGACAAAAAAACUACCGGCGAUAAGAAAAAUAUACAUAGUGAAUCUAUCUGACGUCAUUAACAUCGUGAAUGCAACAUUGGUGACGUGUAUUAGAGAUUCGCAUUUUGGAAAAAACCCAAAGAAUUGCCAACCAAAUAAUUUCCACAAGAGUCAUAUGCCCAGAAGUCUUAUUUUAGUAGUUUUUGUAACUAAACUACUUACGCGUACACGUCCAAACUUUCUUUCAUCGAACCAAAAUCUUAUCAAGUUUCGUACCAAUUCAUCGUCAAAAACACCGAAAGUUAUAGGAAGAAUGGAUCCUAAUGAUGACUUAAUGUGUGGUGAUGACGGUGAUGUAUUAGAAGAUACAUUUGGUGAUGAGAUUGAUAACUUUCGUCCAUUACCAGACGGAGAAUUUACAAUAAAAAGUAAAAAAUAUAAUAAUUUUGUGUUGGAUUUGUCUGAAAAUGUCGAUGGUGGUAUUAUCCAUAGUAACGAAUAUAACAGUGGGGAUAAUCAAACAUGGUUAAUUAAUUAUGAUUCCGAUAAAGAAGGUUAUAUAUUGAAGAGUAAACAAAAUCCUGAUCUAUUCCUGAGUUGGAAUAGUCAUGAUGCGACUAAAGAAAAUAAUCUUCGCGGUUUCACAAAUAAAGAUAGCAAGAACCAUUACUGGCGUAUCGAACAGACCGAUGACGGAUGUUAUAAAUUUAAGAAUUUAGAUAAUUUACAUAUGAUUAUAACAAUUCAGGAUAUAUUUAGUUCAUUUGGUGGAAAACAAGUUACAAUGGAUACAGAAAUUUCUUCUGAUAAAGAGAACUAUCAAAAAUGGAUACUUAAUCCUGUCUAUUUUCAGACUAUACAAGAUGGCAACUAUAAUAUAUUUAAUCGUAACCUGCCAGAUAUAGUCGUAGGCUUUCGUAAUCAAGAGGACUCUUUUGUUCAUGCUCAAAGCUACUCUGUCAAGGAAAAUCAAGAGUGGAAGUUUAGUUACGAUAGUGAAAAGGAAGGUUAUAAAAUAAAAUGUGCGCUUAAUUCAGAUCUAUUACUAACAUUGAAUAGUAAUACUGCGUCUAAAGAAAUGGUUCUUGGAGCAUAUAAAGAUAGCGGUAAUAAGUGCCAAUAUUGGCGUAUCGAACGGACCGAUGACGGGUCAUAUAGAGUUAGAAAUUUGGAACAUUUAAAUUUGAUUUUAAUUUUAAAUGCUGCAUCCUUUGACAGUCAAGGAGGCGGACUUAAACUAAUAGUUGAUAAAGAUUCUAGCGAUGAUGCCAAUAUUCAUUCACGUUGGACAAUUAAACCUGUCUCUUAUCAGUCCAUCUCAGAUGGUGAUUAUAAUAUAUUUAAUAGUAAUUUGACAGACAUAGUUAUUGAGUAUAGCAAUCGAGAGGAUUCCUUGGUUCACGGUCACAGCUACAGGGGAAAUGAUAGCCAAACAUGGACGUUUGUAUAUAAUAAAGAGAAAAAAGCUUAUAAAAUAAAAAAUGCUCUAAGUACCGACCUUUUGCUGUGCUGGGAUAGUAAUGCUACGUCAGAAGAAAUGUUUCUCAGAGCAUAUUCCGAGAGCAGUGGUAAGAAUCAAUAUUGGCGCAUCGAAAAGGUUAAUGACGGAUCAUACAGACUUAGGGAUCUAGAGAAUACAGAAAAGUUAAUAACUAUGAUUGACAAAGACAGUGCACAAGGAGGCAAAGAACUUAUAGUGACUGAUAGUAAAGAAAGUGGAAAUGACAAAAUUACAAUUUCGAGUAGUUGGUUUUUGCAAAAAAUAGGAAAACCAGCUAUACCAAAUGGUAAAUUUAAAAUUGCAACGAAGUCAAAUUAUAGAAAGGUAAUUAAUUCAAAUCAAGAAUCAAAGUUGAUUAUUAUUGAUAACCUAAAUCUUGUAACUAGCGAUUGGGAAAUUAAGUAUGAUUCAACUAAAAGAGCAUAUACGAUACAUUCGUCAAAAUUUGAAAACCUAGGAUGGGUCUAUCAAAAUAAAAACUGUUUUGUUACGUUAGAUAAUAUAGAUGGGUCUAAUCUUCGAAAUUAUUGGAUGGUAGAAUAUAAAAUGCAGGCUGGUGGUUAUUUGAUAAGAAGCUUAUGUGACCCAUCACAAGCAGUGAGCUAUUCUGGCAACAAUCUUAUAACAACUGAUGCAACAUACUCCGAUAACCAAUUGUUUAAUUUUAUUAGAAACUAACAAUUUAUAAGUUAUCAGCUGGAUUACGAUAUUAACGUUAAUCAAUAAAUUUCUACAGAAAUUUGGACGUGGUUACCAACCCUUCUAAAAUCUCAAAGAAAGCUGGAAGCAGUUGAUCAAACAACAAUCUUCACUGAAAAUCUGGCAUGAUGUCCUAACUCUUAUCGUGAUAUAUGAAUCAUAUAGUACUUCAAGAUCUGAAUUAAUUUCUUUUUUAAGCAGAUUAAAUAAUUUAAGGCAUUGAAGAAUUGUAUUUAGGUAUAAGGUGGUAAUGUUUCUAUUUUAUAUACUACUUAUUACAUUCUCUACUAUAUAUACACUUUUGAUUAUUUUUGUGUAGUUAAUUUCUCAGUUUGGCCUAAAUACAAGCUGGCUCAGAAAACUGCUAGCUGAGGGUUUUGCUUAUGCGAUUAUCAUAAUAAAUUAGCUCUAAGAUUCUUUGUUAUUUAAUACUGUAACUGAUGUUUCUGGCAAUAAACAGAAUUAUUAUU